AAUACACCCUCCCCACAAAACCCAUCCCCCUCCUCCUCCUCCUCCCUCAUUGCUCUGUACCAUCAGCAUGUCAUCACAAGCAUCGCGACAAGAACGCAUGUCAGCUCCCAUCUCCGAAGACGAAGUUAAACGCCUCGAAGCGAAGUAUAUGGUCGGUGAUCCGAAUAGCGCGGAGAAUAAGAAGAAGUUUCGGGAGAAGCAGCCCUCCCAAUUCGUCGACCCCUGCUCCGAAGCCUCAAAAGCCGCAAUGAAAUGCCUGGAUCGGAAUGAUUACGAUAAGAGUCUAUGUGGAUCGUAUUUUGCUGCGGUGAGGGAGUGUAAGAAGAUCUGGUUGGAGGAGAGGAAGAGGGAGAAGAGGGAGGCGAGUAAGGUGUGGUGAUGUGGG